GAUUGCGACGGUUCAAAAUCGUUGUUCUGCAAGAAAAUGAAGACUCAGAGCAAAAGACAGAGCCUGCAGAUCAGCUGGUUGAUUCUCUGGAGUCCAGUAGUUCGCAGAGCGGGUCACGGAUUGGGUCACUCGUGAGUGCGGGCGUGACAGAAGAUUCGAAGGAAGAAGCUGGUGCUUUGGAGGACCAGGAAGUGGCUGAACUAGAACAGAAACUGCCUAACCAAAUCCAGUCCCUCAAAGAGGAAGCCGUUGUUCGUAUGACCAACUACCAUAUACCUCAAGGAGCAGGGGAUAUAGUCAUGAUUCAGUCAGAUCACACUGGUGCUGUUGAUAUCCUUUCAGCUGAGCUGGAGACUGCAGACCUCCUUGGGGAACAGAGGAAAGCUCAGCCUCCCCCUCUGGCUCCACCCACCAUGUGGACCACUGAGAAGACGAAGGAAUUCAAAGCCAAGAUGGGAAAGGAGAAGAAUGGCCGGAUGGUGGUGAAACGAGGCGAGGUGGUGACAGUCCGCGUGCCAACCCACCCUGAUGGGAAAUGCAUUUGCUGGGAGUUUGCUACAGAUGACUAUGACAUUGGAUUUGGAGUCUAUUUUGACUGGACCACGGUUACCAGCACUGCCAUUACUGUUCAGGUCAGCGAAUCUAGUGAUGAGGAGGAUGAAGAGGAGGAGGAGGAAAUUGAAGGACUCGCCCCUGCAGGUGACGUGGAAAGGGGCUCCAAAAGCUAUCUGCGGAGCCGCUACGGAGAGAUCAUGCCCAUGUAUCGGAGGAACAGCCAUCGGGAGGUGCAGGCAGGCAGCCACGAGUACCCAGGCGAGGGCAUCUACCUGCUAAAGUUUGAUAACUCGUACUCUCUCCUCCGCAACAAGACUCUGUUCUUUCAUGUCUAUUACACUAGCUGAAGGAAUGGGAGGGGGCAGGGACGGCCGGCAGGUGAUGGUGAGUGUAGCAGGCUGCCACCCAGCCCUGGUACCGACUGAUGGGCACUGCUGUGUGACAGAACCAAGGCACAAUUCUGCCGGCUCCUCCUCAGACACUUAACUGGUUUCUCCUCACACCCUCCUUCCCUGCUGUCUCAGUGGAGAAAGGUAGUUGUGACUGCCUGGUUGUCCACAGGCAGCUGCUGUUUCUGUAAGACUUCAGGAGGUCUGCUCCGUGCAGGCAUCGGGCUGGGCCUUCGUGCCACAGCCCAUAAAUGCCCAGAGGCCAGGUUCAGGUGGCCGUGGUUUCGAUCUGUUGUGCUGGUACAAAAUGAAGUGAAAAUUUUCUUGACCUGUUACUAUUUUGUGAGUAACUUUUCCUACUUUCUUGCUGCAUCUGCAUCAC